AUGGCACCUCGCUGCUUCAUUGUUCGUCACGGCGAAACCGAAUGGUCCCUCAAUGGCCGCCACACGGGAGUGUCAGAUCUGCCCCUCACGACCAACGGCGAGAAACGAAUCAAAGCCACGGGCAAAGCACUGGUCGGCAAUGAUCGAUUGAUCGUGCCGAAGAAUCUAGUCCAUGUCUACGUUUCCCCGCGGAAACGUGCGCAAAGAACGCUCGAGUUGAUGGAGAUUGGUUGUCGUGAGAGACUGCCCUGGAAUGAGCAACGCAAUGCCGCAGAGCCAAUUCGAACAGAAGCCACAGUGGAAGUGGCCGAGGCGGUUCGCGAGUGGGACUACGGCGACUAUGAGGGAUUGACCAGUGCGCAGAUCAAAUCGAUGAGGGAGGAGCAAGGGCUACCUCCGUGGAAUAUUUGGACCGAUGGGUGCCCGGGUGGAGAGUCACCUGACGAUAUUGUCCGCCGCCUUGAUGCCGUGAUCGCCGAGAUCAGAAGCAAGUACCAGCAACCGGCCUUUGACCAGCCCGACAAGCACAAAGGUGACGUUCUGGUGAUCGCUCAUGGACACAUUCUCCGUGCAUUCGCCAUGCGUUGGGUGGGCAAGCCAUUAGAUGAGACUUCACUCAUUCUGGAAGCCGGUGGUGUGGGCACUUUGAGCUAUGAACACAAGAACAUUCAAGAGCCGGCAUUGCUUUUGGGAGGUCAAUUUGUAGUCGAGGAGUAG